AUGUUUAGCUGCGGUGAGAAACCGGAAAAUAAGCUUCGUUGCACUGUGUUACGCCACGUCAGGUCUAAAAUUUCGUGCCGUUUCUACACUUGUCUCUGAAAAUUUCCACCUGCUUUUCUCAGGACAGACACGUCAGACGUUCGAAGAUGGCAGAAGGGAGUGAUAUCGGGGAUUGGUUCCGCAGUAUCCCGCUUAUAACGCGGUACUGGUUCGCCUUGUCCGUCGCCCUCCCCCUCCUGGGUAGAAUCGGGCUGGUGAGCGCGAUGUCCAUGAUUCUACACUGGGACAUGACGGUUUACCACUUCCAGAUCUGGAGACCAGUCACUGCCCUGUUCUUCUACCCCCUGAUGCCACAGACUGGUUUCCACUAUCUCAUCAACCUGUACUUUCUCUACAACUACUCCACCAGGCUGGAGACAGGUCUCUUCGAUGGCAGACCAGCUGACUAUCUCUUCAUGCUGAUAUUCCAAUGGCUGUGUCUUGUUAUCAUUGGAUUCAUGGCAGAAUUGAUGCUACUGAUGGACCCCAUGAUCCUAGCAGUGCUGUAUGUUUGGUGCCAGCUGAACAGGGACAUGAUCGUAUCCUUCUGGUUCGGAACACAGUUCAAGGCCAUGUACUUACCAUGGGUGCUGGUAGGCUUCAAUAUGAUCCUAAGGGGAGGAGGAUGGACUGACCUACUGGGAAUCUUUGUGGGACAUCUGUACUUUUUCCUGAUGUUCAAGUAUCCACAGGACUUUGGAGGCAGGUCCUUCCUCAGCACACCAGAGAUCUUGUACAGGUACCUUCCCAACCGCAGGGGUGGUGUGUCAGGGUUCGGAGUCCCCCCAGCCAGUCGCAGGCGGCCCGACGACAACCAGCAUCAAGGGUGGGGGCAGGGGAACGUCCUCGGUGGGAACUGAUCAGAAAUAACAUUCUGGCAUAGAAGUUGAUGAACGAUGAAAAAUUCCAACUACUGUUCUCAUGCAAAAGAUAUCAUUACAAAGGAAGUGCAUUCUAGAGGCAAGAAAAUUCUUUCAGCAGUGACAAGUUUUUGAAGUGUAAGAGUACUAACCUCCAAAUUUUCGAUGACUAAAUUUGGAGGUCAGUACUCUUACCCUUCAAAACUUGUCACUGCUGAAAUAAUUCUCCAGUAACUGUAACUAUAGGUGACAAAUGAAUAUCUUCAACGAGAGGCAAGAAAAUAUCUCUUAGUAUUUUUUAGUCGUUGUCAUGCCACACAGUUGAUACUGUGUGACUGAGAGUUCUUGACUGUGUAUAUCAGUAGACAUUAUGAGUUACUGAUCAGCAUUAUCCUUAUUUCAACUUCCACAGUUGACUGUUGGGAAGUGUUUUUGUAUCUUAUGUAAAAUGCCCAGAUUUGCUAGCCAUAUCACCACCUUUGGUGCUCUUUGUCUAAUUUGACAUAAUUCAACAAGGAAAGACAGGUUUCCAGUGUUCACCACAUUAUGUUGCUUGUGACCCCUUGGGUGAAUGUGUUAAAUCCUUCACUUGAGUAUUUAUAACAUCUUAUGGUACUAUCAAUUAAACAGACUUUUAUUGUACAUAGAGAGUUAAGCUACAAUCUACAACUAUGUCAAGAAUUUUCAUCUGUGAUAUGCUAAAAUAUCUAUGGCAAUCUAAAGACCUGUUGUAUCUUUAGGAAUUGAUGUGAUGCUUAAUUCUUAGUGAUUGGUCCAUGUAGUUUUGGGUUAUGGCUGUAAAAGAUUUUGCUAAAAGGACCGGUACUGUAGUCUUGUAUGUACAUGUAUUUGUUUUAUUUCAAUGAUUUGAAUAAACAACCGUAAUUUUAGAAUACUAAGUAGUUGGUUGAUUGGUUGUAUUUAAGUAUAGGUGUUUGACAAUAGUAUACAAUGUAUCAUAUUUGUAGCUUUAAAAGUAAACUUUUUUUUCUGUUUAUUGGUCAUAAUUAUUUUACUAGUACCAGUAAGGAAGAAGUAAUGCAGCCUUGUGUGGAGAUUGUCCAACUUGUAUUUCUGUAUUUACUUAAUUUCGAGCAAGUCUAGAUAUGAGUUUUGUCCACUUUGUACAACCAAAAUGCUUACUGUUAAUGUAUAUAGCCUCAUACGAAUGUUGACAUAGAGUUUUGAUUGAUUUUUGGUUGGAGGUAAAGUGCAAUUCUUGCAUUAUCUUGGUGUCCAGACAAAUACACGGAAAUAUGAUGUACACCUAUAGAUGAUAUAGCUGGAUGUAUGGAAAUAAACACAUCAUGUUGACUCAU